CACACACACACACACACACACACACGUGCACGUACGUACAGACACACACACACACACACACACCACAGGGUUAGUCAUGUCGAGGUUAUCUUAACCCCCUUGUCACACAGCAACUAGGGCCCGACAGUCACACACCACAGGGCAGAUAGGGCCUGAAAACCACACACCUGGAAGGUACGCAUUAGAAGCAUGGAUUUAAAAAGCCUUUUUGUGGUAGCCCAGUUUAUAAAGGCAAGAUGUGCCCAUGGCAUGACGGCAGGAAAGGCCAAAAAGGAUAAGAAUUAUAUUUUCUAUGAGGUGGAGAUUCAGGAUUCCAAGAAGUUGAAGCUUUGCUACUUGGACAAGGUGGAACCUAAUGCCACUAUUGGAGAGAUCAAGUGUCUAUUAUAUAAGAUCUAUCCCAAAUGGUACCCAGCCAGACAGGCUUUGUCACUUCACCCAGAUGGGGAGUCCCUGAAGGAUGAUGAGGUAUUGGAGAAUCUACCGGUGGGAACCACGGUAACGAUGUUCUUCCACGACCUGGGACCGCAGCUGGGGUGGACCAUGGUGUUUCUGGCGGAGUGCAUCGGACCUCUCUUCAUCUACCUUUUCUUCUUCCUCCAUCUCCUCAACGUCUACGAGCAGAAAGAUGACUAUACCUCCAAUCCCUGCUCAGUGGUCACGUUGGCGUGUGUGUGUCACUGUUUCCACUACUUCAGAAGGCUGUUGGAAACCGUCUUCAUUCACCGCUUCUCAGACGGCACCUUGCCACUGCAAACCAUCAUGAGGAACUGCCUGUACUACUGGGGAUUUUCUGCUUGGUUAGCCUACUACAUCAACCACCCCCUCUACACUCCACCAUCGUAUGGGAAUCUUCAAGUCUACUCUGCGUUGGCGGUGUUUAUGCUCUGUGAAGCUGGAAACUUCUCAAUUCAUUUGGCUCUCAAUAACUUGGGCUGUAAUGGUCUGAGGCCCAAGCGGAUCCCUUACCCCACCAGGAACCCCUUCACAUGGCUCUUCUUCUUCGUGUCAUGUCCUAACUACACCUAUGAGGUGGGGACGUGGUUGAGUUUCUCCAUCAUGACACAGUGUGUUCCAGUGGCCCUGUUCACGUUGCUGGGCUUCAUCCAGAUGACUAUCUGGGCACGGGGAAAACAUAAGAUGUACACCAGAGAGUUUACAGACUACCCUGAACUAAGAUCAGCUAUCAUCCCUUUGUUCCUUUGAGCCAGCCAGGGUUAACAACAAGAGCCUUAAUUAUACCCCUGUUCCUUAAUUAUACCCCUGUUCCUUAAUUAUACCCCUGUUCCUUAAUUAUACCUCUGUUCCUUAAUUAUACCUCUGUUCCUUAAUUAUACCCCUGUUCCUUAAUUAUACCCCUGUUCCUUAAUUAUACCCCUGUUCCUUAAUAAGGGCUGCAAAGAAUUCUGGUAACUUGUCACCAAAUCCGUAGUUUUUCCCAGAAAUCCCAGUUCUAAAUUCCACAUAAUCAGAAGGAAAUAAGGAAAUCUGUAAUCGUCCAACCAGGAUUUCUGGAACACCUGGGAAAUUUGGGUAAAUUGCCAAAAUUGUGCGCAAACCUAUUCGCUAAUACUUUUGGCCAGAGCCACAUAGGCCUCUUGCCGAAUGUAGUGUACUACAUAGGGAAUAGAAUGCUAUUUUAGACAGACCCAUUGCAUACUCUACUACAGUUAGAGAAAGCAGUGUACUGGACACUGUGGUAAUAGUGCACCUGUAGGGGAUAUGAUGUGGCUCUGACCAAAAGGAGUGACACUAUAUGGGGGGGACAACAGAUACCCAGUCAAUAAGCGAGCUGUAUAUAAAUGAACUUUGUGACAGCCUCUCGGUCAGAAUAGGGUUACAAGGCCUCACUCAGGCCUGUGACUUAAGACAGCCUCUCGGUCAGAAUAGGGUUACAAGGCCUCACUCAGGCCUGUGACUUAACCUCAUCACUCAACUCAACACUAAAAGUGUACAUUUGUAGCAAGGUUAAGGGUUUACACAGAUAGUGUUCCAAAGUGUGGAAUGAUACAAUAGAUUGGUUUGAUUCCCUUUAAACGUAGAGAAUUUAUACAUUUUUUUAUUCACCAUAAUCAUUGUUGCAGCACAGUUCAUGUGAGUGACAAUGUGUAUACGUUAUAGUAGUGGUCUUGAAGUCCAGUGCACUUGAAGUCUAGUGCACUUGAAGUCUAGUGCACUUGAAGUCUAGUGCACUUGUUCCCCUGUUGAAGGACGGACGGCCCUGUUCAGUCAAAUCAGAUAUGAAGUAACCAUAACUUUUAAUUUGUGUGAUAUUAAUAGUAUUUUAUCUGAUUUGUUUACGUUGUUAGUUUUACAGUGGGACUGUUCUAUUUUUUUUUUUCACAGUAAUUUUGUGAUAUUUAAUAAACCCAUUUGGAUUUAA